AUGCAAUAUCCGUCACUUCCUGCAGGCGCCUUCCUUGCCGCCGCUCUGGUCCUUGUUCCUUUGCCUUGGCAUUGGCAGGCUCGUAACAUCGGGACCCUGUCCAUCAUAGCAUGGUUAUUUAUUGUGAACAUUAUCUAUGCCAUUAAUACCAUUGUAUGGGAUGCAAAUGUCAACAACCCCGCUCCACUUUGGUGCGAUAUCACCACCAAGCUCAUUAUCGGUGCAAACACCGCGCUGCCUUUGGCGACUAUGUGUGUUUGUAAACAUCUUGCACUCGUGUCGUCAAAACGUGUAGCACGCCUCGAUCGCGAUGAUAAACGGCGUCGCAUGAUCUUCGACGCAGUGAUAUGCUUUGGAAUUCCUUUGAUUUUUAUGGCCUUGCACUAUAUUGUGCAAGGUCACCGGUAUGACAUCGUUGAGAACUUUGGCUGCCAACCUGCAACAUACUUUUCCACCGAAGGUAUCAUAAUUGUUUUGUUGCCGCCCCUGGUUUUGGCAACGGCUACGCUUAUGUACGCAGCUCUCGCGCUGUAUAACUUUGCUUGUAGACGCAUGGAUUUUGCAGCACAUUUACAGAAUGCCAACUCAGUCCUCACAACACACCGUUAUCUUCGCCUUAUGGCCAUGGCUGUUACAGAAAUCGUGUGGGGGACUAGUUUGACGGCCUUCAACCUCUACAACAACAUUCAUGUGGGCUUGCGACCUUGGAUCAGCUGGCAGAACGUCCACUCUGAUUGGCUCCGCGUCGACCUCUUUGCGUUCAUUGAACUGUCGCCUUCGUUCAUUAGAAGCAUGUUCUUGUUGUGGUGGGCGAUGCCUGCCAGUGCAUACAUAUUCUUUUUGUUCUUUGGCUUCAGCGAGGAUGCGAGGAAGGAGUACGGCAAGAUCAUCAAAGCUUUCCGAAAACAUGUCCUAAGACAGUCGAACAAGGAUGUUAGCUUUCAUGGAUCAAAUCUGCCAAGCGCCAGGUAG